AAUCAAAAAUAUAUUACCCGUUAAGAAAAUAUAAAGAUAAUUCCAUUGUGAAUAUAAAACAAACAAUAUAAUAAUAAGUUUUUACUUAUAUAAAAUAUUUAUACAUAAAACUUAUUAAUUUAUAAUUUUAAUAGGACUAUAUAUUUUCAUAGAAUUUUUUUUAAAAAUAUUAUCUUAUUAUUUUAUCUAUUUGUGUCAAAUUAAGAAUCAGCUCAAGUUAGGACCAGCGAAAUUUAUUAAUUUAUAUUGAUUAUUAAUUUAUUGAAUAUUAAUUUAUAGAGGUUUUACUGUAUAUAUAUUAGAACAUAUAAAUUCUUUAAUGUACAUGUAUUUUAUUUUUUUCAAAUUCACGCUAUAAUAUUCUUAUCAGUUGAUGUAUUUCAUUUUAAAUAUAUCGGUUCAAGAGAAUACUAGAAUUCUUUUAUUAGUUUAAAUUAGGCUUUUGUCUCAAGCUAGGUUUUGUUAGAGAUACGAAGCUUCUCUCCAAUGUAUGCGAUGACACCGAUCUACAUUCCUCUCGAUCUCCAGAUCAAUACACUCUUAAAACUACCUGUGAAAUCUUUAUUGAGAUUCCGGAGUGUCUCAAAGCUCUGGUCAUCCAUCAUCACCAGCCAACAGUUCAGAAACCAUCACUUGAAUAUUGCUUCUUCCUCACCUCCUCCUCGUCUCCUCAUUGCUUUUGAAGACUUUUACGGAGCGAAGCUUCUAGUAGUCUCGAUACCUAACCCAAACGUAGUACUUUCCUCUUCGUCUUCUUCUUACAAAGAUCUGAGUCUGGUAAACAUUAAAGGGAAGAUUGUGUAUAACGCGGGUCGUGGCUUGAUCUGCGUUGGAGCCGGUUUUGAAAACGUGGGGAUUUGUAACCCCAGCACGAGGCAGGUGCAUAACUUGCCCCACUUCAAAUUCAAACAAACUCAAAUAGUUUGUCCACGCCCCAUGUACAUUGUUGGGUAUGAUCCUGUUGGAGAUCAAUACAAAGUGCUUGCUCUUGAUGACUUGCCUUGGAGAUUGGAGCACAAGAUUGUGGUAUUGGGAGGAGAAGAGACUUGGAGAGAGUCUCCUUGUGUAGCAUGUCCUCACGUUGUUUGUACAAAGGGGUUGUACAUGAACGGAACCGUAUACUACGGGGCAUUUAUGAAGGACAUCGACUCUCCGCAUAAUUCUAUAAUUGUGAGAUUUGAUGUUAGGUCUGAAACGUUCAACAUCUUCAAAGUACCAAGCAAACUUGUACCAGUGGGUUAUGAGUGUAUGUGGAAAGAGAGAGGGUGGUCUCCUACAGACAAAAUUCUGAUAAACUACGGUGGAAAAAUUGGUGUGGUGGAGAGUCCUAGUGUUUGUGGUUUUAGAUUGUGGGUUGUGGAAGAUGCUGAGAAAGAGGAAUGGUCGAUGAGUACUUUUCAUUUGCCUGAAUCUUAUGUUGGCGUUGACUUUGAGGUCAUGGAUACUUUUUCUAGCGGCGAAGUUUGUUUGGUUUCAAAAGAAUGGUCUGAUCCGUUCUGUCUUUUCUAUUACAAUUUGGAGAAGAAAAGCAUGAGAAGUGUCGCAAUCGAAGGACUGCCUAUUUCUGACUUUAAGAAAAUCCAAGCCCUUUCUGUGACGGUUUCGGAUCAUUAUGAGAGUCUCUUGUCCUUAUAAACUUAACAAGUUCAUUAAUGUAAGGCAUUUUUUUUAUUUAUCUUAAACAUUUUAUCAAUUCUGUCCCUUGCAAAUACAUUUUCAAGAAAAUGAAGUGCACAUUAGCUUUGUUCAACAUCAUCAAGAAAUAGCUGCUUCAAUAUUUUGGAUAAGUAUCUUCAAAACAACUUGAUAACGCAUACUAUUGAAUACUCCCUAUGUUUCUUAAUGUUACAUAUUCUAGUUUUUUCACACAUUUUAAUUAAACACAUUAAAUUUGCAUAAUUUUUGUGUUUAUCUUUGUUCUAUUUUUUUAAGCCAAUAAAAAUUCAGCAAGUGCAAUUAAUUUUUUUUAAAAUUUGCAAUUAGUUAAUAAAACAUGUCUUGAAAAUGUAAAAAAUAAUAAAUUUUUUUAAAAUAAUUUUUUUUUUUAGAAUAUGUAUUAUUAAAAAACAGAGGGAGUAGUAAUUAAUAGCUGAAAGAUUUAAUUUGACAUUAGAAGGUCAGCUCGAACUAACUCAUAACUGCAUCCCGGAGAUUUUAACAGCCUCCUAUCAAAAUAUACAUAGAAACAAGUCAAAGGAAACCUGACUAGUAUCUUCAACAGUAAAAAACGAAACCUGUUGUAACUUUAUAAGUAACUUACACAAGUCUCUGCGAAAAUGAUGUUUGAAAUUAUCUAAAAAGAACAAAAAAGGGUGAACCAUUUUGAAGGGACCGAUCACUGGAAACAAAAAUUGUUUUCCUUUUUUUGUUUCCAUACAUAUAUAAAAA